AUGAAUUUCAAAUGCAAAUGCUCGUGCCAUGAUCUGAAGACUACUACUAUAUUGCCGUUCUUCAAAUGGAGGACCAAUGGGACUACUAAAACGGUCCCCAAAACGCAAAGCCCUCGUCUUUACGACGUGGUUGGUAAAUACACCGAAACCGAAACACAAACAGAAACGAAGGUAUCGGAUGUUAAUGUUAACUUCACAUGUCCUACAUUGAAUUAUUCUACCAUAAACUAUCCUACAUCUAUUUCUUCGGAUGACGGUAGAGGUAAUACUAGCAACACUGCAGAUGGCACUACUCAAAGUGGUGACAAAACAUCUAUUGAUAUAAAUACCGCAGCUUCAACUAUACUAGCAGCCGAAAAGUAG